AGCGACGGCCAACAGCAGUGAGUCUGAAAAGGAGACUCGACCAAACUUCUCCUCCAUUCCCCGUUCUGCAGAGCUCAGGUUCUCCAUUACAGCAAAUGGAUGCUCGAAGUAGUCUGAGCGAGUCUUUGUUGCGAUCACUGAGAGUGAAUAAACUCGUUAUAGCGCAUCGUUGGACGAUUUAUUGAGGCGGAAAGUGAUUACCGAUCGCGUUCUUUUACCGCCUAACGAGCGACGAGUCUGUGAGCCUUGUCAGCUGUGCAUCGUUUUAUUCGACAACCUUAGUGCGCUGCUGCUUUGUGACAACCAGACAAUCAGCCCCCCUAUCUAAGUACUGUUUGUUUGUUAUGAUUCUCGCGAUAAGUUUCUUGAGAAAUUUCGACAGCCUGAUGUAUCCAAGCUGCGACGCUAAUUUCGUGCCAAUAUUAAUAUAACCGACCGUUACUAAAAUAUCGCAAUACGUUUUUGAUACCAGGGAAAACUAAUGGGGUUUCACCAAAAAAAAUCAGACAGAAUAGUGGCAUGAGUCGAUUAAUCUAUGGCAGAUCAACAAGAUCAGUCGUUGUCAGGGGGGUCUGUAGAGAAGGCCAGUGCUUCAGCAGACGCCUCUAAGGAAGGCGGUAAAAGCUCUAGCGGACCGGCCAGUGGGACAAGCAAUAACAGUAACAACACAAGCAUAAUAAGCCCAAGCAACAGUAGUGCCGGAUACAGGAAACGGCAGAGCAGUGGAGAAGUUCAGGGUAAUACAGAGGAGAAAAGGCGCAGGCAGACCUUCGCCAGCUCUCAGAGUGCUGCUCUACAUACUCAAAACAAUCUCAGAAGGUCCGUCGAUUCGGUCAGAGGAGAAAACGCCAGGAACAAAUCAGAACGCAGAAGCCAUAAUGCCACUGGCUUAGGGCCACCCACAGAUACGGAUCGGCGGCACCUACCAAAGACGCAACAGUCGAAUAGCGGAAUCCACGGUAGUACGCGGAGUCGCAACUCCGCCAGAUCCUCACUGCCUGAUUUGAACUCAGCGCCGAUAGACUGUGUUGCGUCUCGAACUCGAUCUAGAACCCCGCAAAAUUCUCAGAACAAUACGCCACACGGCAGCAGCAGUUGCGACGUUCUACUUCUCGGACUUUUCAACAGCUAUCCACCUAGGAAGUCAUCCACUGCUCAUCAUAGCAAUUCCGUACAAACACACUUAGGAUCUCCUUUAACCAGCCAUCCAUCAACUUCGAGAGGUAGAGGUUACAAAUCCCAAAGCCUGAGCAGCGGCUCUAUUAGCAGCACGAGUAGUCGGGUAUUGGGUGUAAAGUCCAGCAUCAGAGUGGGUAACGCAGCAAGUAACUCAGUGGAGAGCGGUGGUGGGGCGUUGGCACAUGAGGGGGCAGGUACGAGCGGCACAACGGCUGCAGCAACUGCUAACCCGCCUUCGUCCUCCGCCGCCCACUCCUCGCAGUCUCACCCAACGCACAAACACCUGCUCCGUUCGCGGGUUAAGCUUGCUGCCGAUCAAGCCAAGGAAACCAUACCUGGUAACAAGGUUCAAGGCAAACAUAACAAAAAGGAUUCUACAACGGGCUCCUGCUCCAGCUCCAGACAUCGCUCUUCGUCUCGGGCCAGAAAACCGAUGGUGGAGAGUGGUUCUGGAGGAGCAGGAGUUGUAAUGUCAGGCACUGACGCUGCAGCAAAUAGUUCUACCCCAACUUCAGUUACAUCUACGAUUCCAAGCGGCCAGUUGGGAUCAUCGACUGGCGAAGAGGAAUCAGCUUCAACGGCAAUCUCUGCCAUUGCGAGCGGAGGUCCGUCUGGAAUGUCAGGUACUACUGGAGAUAGUGAAAGCGACGAUGGCGAAGUUGGUCGGCUUCAAGCACUCCUGGAAGCUCGAGGAUUACCUCCUCAUGUGUUCGGAGCUCUGGGACCCCGGAUGCAGCAUCUUUUGAACAGAAGUAUGGGCGCCAGUUCAGCUGCCAAAGCGCAACAGUUAUUGGCAGGCUUACAGGCAGUCGACGACGAGGGCGAGCAGCUGCAGGCUGUGAUAGGAAUGGGAGAAAUAUUAGUAAUGGGAAAUGAGGACACGCUGACAGGUUUUCCAGUGAAACAAGUUGUCGCAGCUUUAAUCAACUUACUUGGAAUGGAGCACAACUUUGUUAUAAUGACACACGCCUGUCGUGCUCUGACUUACAUGAUGGAAGCCUUGCCUCGUUCAUCGACAGUCGUUGUGGAUGCCGUCCCUGUUUUUUUGCAGAAGUUGGAAUCCAUCGAGUGCAUGGAUGUCGCUGAACAAUGCCUUACUGCUCUGGCUAUGUUAUCGCGUAGACACAGCAAAACAAUUUUACACGCGGGAGGUGUCUCGGCGUGCCUGAAAUUUGUAGACUUUUUCAAUAUUACUGCUCAGCGGGCGGCUCUGACAAUAACCGCCAACUGUUGUCAAAACUUACAUCCUGACGAUUUUCAUCUAGUCACCGACAGUUUACCUUUGCUAACCAGCAGACUGGCCAAUCAGGAUAAAAAGAGCGUCGAGUGCGUUUGUCAGGCGUUUAGUCGAUUAGUCGACAGUUUUCAACACGAUCCAACUAUGCUUCACAAAAUCAUCAAUGCCGAACUUUUACAAAACUUACAACAAUUACUGAUGAUUACACCGCCAGUAAACAGUAUUGGCAAUUUUAUAACUGUACUACGAAUGCUUUCUGUGAUAUCAAAUCGCUGUCCUGACCUGGCGCAGCUGCUUCUCCAACAAAACAUAGCUUUCACACUCAGUUAUCUCCUUACCGGGUCCCUGGAGGUUAAGACUGAAGAUGUGGAACUGGUGCCGCGAUCUCCACAAGAGUGGUACGAGAUAACUUGUCUAAUAGAAGAACUGAUGCCGCCGCUACCUACCGACGGUAUAUUUAGUGUAAAUAGUCUACUUGAGAGGACCAAUAAUCAACAAGAAACUGUGCACUGGGAAUGGAGAGACGAGAGACAUUGUUGUCAUCCUUUCAGCACCAUCGAUUCAAGAAUCAUCGAGAUGGCCUUCCAAAAUGGCGAGGAUGAAAUAUGCUUAUCAACAUUGGGCCGCACUUACACAAUAGACUUGACUGUCAUGAAGCAGAUUAAUGAGGACAUUGGAAUGGCAAGGAGUAUAUUUCGUAGGGUUAACACUAACCCUGCGGAAGGGAAGACUCCCAACUGUUUGUCAAGUAUGGACGUAGUGCCUCCUGUUAUCGAAACCAAUGAAUGGUUAGUUUCAUUCAUUCGGACGUUAUUCUCCGUUUUGUAUGAAGUAUACAGCAGUUCUGCCGGGCCUGCUGUCAAAUGCAAAUGUCUUCGAGCGCUUCUACGCAUGGUUUAUUAUGCUUCUACUGAUCUACUCAGGGAUGUGCUGAAAAAUCAGGUGGUCUCGUCGCAUAUAGCAGGAAUGUUGGCUUCCCAGGAUCUCAGAAUUGUAAUUGGAGCUCUGCAAAUGGCAAGCAUAUUGAUGAAAAGGCUGCCACAAGUAUUCGGUGUACAUUUUCAUCGCGAGGGGGUAUUGCAUCAGGUUAGGCAACUGGCAGACCCUGAAAUACCACUUGGCGUGUCACCACCUAAAUGUCCUUCGGGAAUUUCCUUGCCAAGUCCUCAACCCGGUCCAUCGAACACUCCGCUUUCUUCCACAACGACAUUGUCGUCAAGCAGCGCAACGUCUCCCAUCGCGUCACCGACAACCAAUGGAAAUAUAUUGAUAGGUGCUAUAGCUACUAGCCAAUUAAAACCAAAUCUCACUGCCACUAUGGAGACUCGCAGUAGAACUGAUUUAAACACCAGCGCCAUUGAUGACAGCAGCACUCCACAGAAUGCUCAUUUAAGAAUCGGAGAUGUUCUAAAAAGAAAACGACAGAACAAAAAGGGCCGAUUCUCAAGACUGUCAAACGCGAUGCCUCAACAAGCCCAACAGCAAGAGUCAUUGUUCACCGGUUUCACACCGAAGAAUAGCCGCUUCUUGGGUAAUUUGAACCCGGCUCGAUGGGGUCGGAAAUCUUCUUCGUCAAGCGCCACAAGCGACAAACGUGACUCCAGCUCUUCAACGAGUUUAGCCAAACCACCGAGCAAUCCUAGUUUAACUGGGGGGAAUCGUGACAAAGCUAAGGCUUGGGUCAGAGAACAGGCUGCUCAGUUCUUAGCCAGGUAUCAAGAUGAUGCUCCUUGUACACAUCCGGCGCUCACUGUACUUUCCAGGCUAACAGCAGCAAUACAGCGACUGCAGUCAAACGAAAUGGAUGAAAUGCUGUCAGCAUUAACCGAGCUCCGAGACAUUGUGUUAGAAAGUGAUAUAUCGCCAUUCGAGAUGAACUACAGCGGAUUAAUAAAAGCUCUUCUCAACUACCUCACUACCACAGACGCGCCAGGGCAUCGAUACGAUCGCUUACGGAUGUUCUGGAAGCUCUUCGCCGAUUCCACCAUUGAACAAGACAAUGGAGUGUUGGUCGACCUAAAUGCCAGGGCUUUUGGUGCACUCGUUGCCAAAUUGAAUAGCUGCGUUGCUCAAUUGGAACAAUUCCCAGUAAAAGUACAUGAUUUACCGGCCGGAUCUGGAGCCGGACGAGGCGGGACGAGCGCUUUGAAAUUCUUCAACACUCACCAACUCAAGUGCAAUCUUCAACGACAUCCAGACUGCAAUAAUCUGAAGCAAUGGAAGGGAGGUACCGUCAAAAUAGAUCCCCUUGCGCUUGUUCAGGCCAUUGAACGUUAUCUGAUGGUGCGAGGAUAUGGGAGAAUUAGGGAUGCUGAAUCAAUGGUCAGUGAUGACGACAAUAGUGAAGAUGACAUCGAUGAUACUUUGGCUGCAGUUGUGAUAAGCCAGGGCUCGGCUAAACAUAAACUUCAAUUUCUGAUCGGCGAUCAAGUCCUGCCGUUCAAUAUGACAGUUUAUCAAGCGGUGAGGCAGUUUGGCUGCGUGGGAGUUGAUCAUUCGGAGGCUGAAACUGAUGGAGAAGCACCUCUGGGUCACGAUGCUGUUUGGGUACAAACACACACAAUUUACUACAGGCCUGUACCUGAGGAUGAAACAAUGGUAUCCUCAAAACCUGGGUCAAGUUCUCAGAGCAGUAGCAGCCGGAAAGGAAAAGGAAAGAGUACGAAAAUAAGCUCUAAGAGAAAGGAAGACAGCCUUUGGUUAGAGGGAACGAUUCCACCGCCACGAUGUCCACUGGCACCUUAUCUCACCCCGACACUCCCUCUCUCCGUAACAAUAGCAGACGCUUCUCUGGACGGUCUUUGUUUACUCCGUUUGUUACAUUCGUUGAAUCGUCACUGGGGUGUUUUAUUUCCUCAUCUUAAAAGCAUCAGACUUCUAUCCGCCCAAGAUUUUGUUAAUAAUAAAAUUGCUGCCAAAGCGAAUAGACAACUCCAAGAUCCGCUUGUCAUUAUGACUGGAAAUCUUCCUUCUUGGCUGCAACAGAUUGCUGCAGUUUGCCCAUUCUUAUUUCCAUUUGAAACACGACAACUGCUCCUCUACGCCACAUCAUUUGACCGAGAUCGUGCACUGCAGCGACUUCUUGAUUCCGCUCCUGAGCUCUCAGGCUCGGACAGUCAGGAGCGAGUAACGCCACGUUUAGAGAGGAGGAAGCGAACCAUAUCAAGGACAGACAUCCUAAAGCAAGCUGAACAAGUCAUUCAGGACUUGGCCUCGAGCAAAGCGCUGCUUGAAGUCCAGUAUGUUAAUGAGGUCGGUACAGGCUUGGGUCCCACACUUGAAUUUUACGCUCUGGUUUCAAGAGAGCUGCAACGUGCAGACCUUGAAUUAUGGCAUGGAAGUUCAACACCAACUCUGGGUGGAUAUGUAAAUAGCCCUCACGGCCUCUUUCCGACUCCCAUUCCAUGGAAUACAAAGGUUUCACACCUGGCUAAGCAGAAAACUAAGUUCAAGUUUCUUGGAAAGUUCAUGGCCAAGGCAAUUUACGAUUCUAGAAUGCUGGAUUUGCCAUUCAGUUUAACUUUCUAUCGUUGGUUAUUGGGAGAGGAGCACACCCUAACUUUAAACGACUUGUGCUACGUUUGCCCUGAUGUGUAUCGCACUCUCUGCAAACUCCAAGAUAUCGUUAGGCGAAAAGAGGCGAUUGAAAGGGAUCAAACCUUGAGACCUGCCGAACGGAAUCAACUGAUCGAAUCUCUAUCUUUGGAUGGAUGUCCCAUCGUUGAUUUGGGUCUAGUCUUCGAACUUCCGGGAUACGAUAAUGUCGAAUUGAGAAAAGGUGGUAGCGAGCUUCCCGUUGAUGUACAAAACCUAGAUCAAUAUAUCAAGUUAGUGGUUCACUGGUUCCUGUACGAAGGAGUAUUCAGACAAAUGGAGGCAUUCAGGGAGGGAUUUGAAUCGGUGUUCCCGCCUUCGCAGCUUCGUUUGUUCUUUCCUGAGGAGCUUGAAGCUGUUUUUUGUGGCCACGCUCAGACCGGCGGCAACUGGGAUAUAAAAACUUUGUUGGAAUGCUGCCGAACGGAUCACGGCUACACUCCGGAUUCUCGCGCGAUUCGAUUCUUGUUCGAAGUUAUGUCGGAAUACAAGAGCGAAGAACAACGGCAAUUCGUUCAGUUCGUCACUGGCUCUCCUAGGUUACCGGUCGGAGGCUUCAAAAGUCUAACGCCGCCAUUAACGAUAGUACGCAAAACAUUUGACCCGUCAAUGAAAACCGACGAUUUCCUACCCUCUGUAAUGACGUGCGUAAAUUAUUUAAAACUGCCCGAUUACACAACGCUGGAAAUAAUGAGGGAGAAACUAAGGAUGGCUGCGCAAGAGGGUCAACACUCGUUCCAUCUGUCAUAGAAAUGGAAUAUUCGCCUGUUGAUUUUUUCUGUUAUAUUUACCCCCUUUUCUUUGCCCCAAUUUUGCCGAUUUACUGAAUUCAAACAAAUUUUCCACUAUGAAAAAGCAAAAAAAUAAAAAAUAAAUAAUAAAAUAAAAUAAAAUAAUGUUCGUAGUCAAGGGUUUAAUGAGAAACAAUGAGAAAGAUAAGUUUUAUUACACUUUAUAUAAUACACACACGCGUAUACCUAGCAAUUAUUAUUAUUAUUGUGAUUUUUUUGUCCAUUGCUGAAGAGACAUUCGCGAGUUUAAUGUUAUUUUUUUCUGUAUCUUUCCCCCCUCUUCUAUUUUUCUCUCAUCUUCUGAAUGAUUAGGUCAAUUUUUAAUAAAUAUUCCAGUUUCAUGUUUAUCGUUGGUUCUGGUUUUUUCUGUUUUUUUAAUUUUAUGUACAUUCUUGCAGUUUUUUUUUUUCGAACAUUUGAUUCCUGUUUCAAAUUUAACAAUAUUAGCAUAAUUUUAAUGGAUUCAAUAACGAGUGAGCAAACUGCAAGGCUCUCUCUUCCGAAAAGAAAAACAAAAAAAAAAAAAGUUGAGCACCUCACAGUGUUAUGGCCAAUCUCAAUCUCGCCUGUCUUGUCUCUGGCACAUUACAAUGAUGAUAUAAUGAAAAUGAAGAGGAAAACAACAAAGAAGAGAAAGAAAAAAGUUGUAAAUAUAACUAUUAUUCUCCACGUACUAUGGUUUGUUACGUGCAAAUCAAUACAAAUAAUUUAUAGAAUUAUUAUUAUCAUCAUUAUUAUUAUUAUUACUACAACAAUAAUAUUCUACUGCUAAUAUCGGAUAAUAUACCGAUUAAUUUUCUGCGCGUUAUGAGGACCGAGUCCAGAGUAGGUUGUGAAAUUAGUAAUUUAUUUAAGAAAUUUGAGCCGAUUUUUAUCCUGUCUGCAUCUAGAGUAUGUUCAACUAGUUACUAUAGUAAAGUAGAAAUAUAACAAAAAUAUUGACAAUGAUUUAUACAAUAUACAUGUACACAAAGCGUCAACAAAACUACGAGACGAACAAUGCGAGACUCGAUCGGAUUGACGCGCAGAUUUGAUUAAAAAAAACAGUUCAAGAAGAAGAAAAACAG